UGUGUUGUUGGAGUCCGAUUCUGCGCGAGAUCUGUGUCGGCGUAAAAAACAUGUCGGCGUUCAAGAGAAAACGUGGAGGACAGGCUCCUGGAAAUAAAAAAGCAAAGAAAGCAAAAUUUGUAGCAGAUACAAGUGAAGCACCGAAAGAAAAUGAACAGGAGAAGACACAUGAAAUUACAGUUCCAGCACCGGUUUCACAGGGCAAAUGGAAAAACAAGGAAAGGGUUCUCAUUUUCUCUUCAAGAGGCAUCAACUACAGAACAAGACACAUGAUGCAGGACCUGAGGACCAUGAUGCCUCAUUCAAAAUCAGAUACAAAGAUGGACAGAAAGGACAAGCUGUUUGUUGUUAAUGAGGUGUGUGAGAUCAAAAACUGCAACAAAUGCAUCUUCUUUGAGGCCAAGAAGAAGCAGGACCUCUACAUGUGGAUUGCAAACAGCCCUCAUGGACCUUCUGCAAAGUUUCUGGUUCAAAACAUUCACACACUGGCUGAACUCAAGAUGACAGGAAACUGCCUCAAAGGAUCCAGGCCGCUGCUGUCCUUCGAUCCUAAAUUUGACUCGGAGCCUCACUUUGCUGUACUGAAGGAGCUCUUCACCCAGACCUUUUCCACCCCACGGUACCACCCUAAGAGUCAGCCCUUUGUGGACCACGUCUUUACAUUCACCAUUAAUGACGACAGGAUAUGGUUCAGAAACUACCAGAUCAUGGAGGAGGACGCCGCUCUUGUGGAGAUCGGCCCUCGCUUUGUUCUCAACCUCAUCAAGGUCUUCCAGGGGAGCUUUGGAGGACCUACGCUCUUUGAAAACCCCAACUUCACAUCUCCUAACAUGCACCGGAGACAGAUCCGACUAGCCGCGGCAGCCAGAGUGCGUGAGAAGCAGAUGGUGAAGGAGUUGCAGAAACUGAAGCGAGCUGGAACAAAGGAGGACGUGACUAUAGAUGUUACAGCUGACGUCUUCCUGACACCGGCUGAUGAGACGCCUGUUCUCAUUCAAACAGAAGCGCCUGAGCCCAAAGUAGUGAAGAAAAGCAAACACAAAGCUUUCAAAAGGCAAAGGAUGGCACGCAAAUAACUGGAUGGACUCGAAUACGCUGAGUGAAUGGCUUACUGCUAUUGCAGUUAGGCUUAAAGUCCAAUAUGAGUUUUUUGUUAGCAUACAAGAAGAUUUUAUGUACAACUUUUCAUUUAAUUAUCAGUGGCAGUAUUUGAGGAUACUGGCCUGCACAUGUUUUGUUUAAUAUCUGUUGGCAUAUUUUAUAUUAUACUCCCUCACUCGGAAAUAUUGUGUAAACUGUAGCUGGCCAUUUGAGUCUCAGCUUUAACUAUACUGCAAACAAUGUUUCCAUGCCUUUUUGAUAAAAGUAAAUAUUCCAUCAGUGUAAAAAAAAAAAAACAGUUUAUUGAUUUUGAGUGACUAAAGUUGUUUUCUAUGUCAUGAAAAUUAAACAAUUUAAACCUAC